GUCGAGCUGCGGGCCGGCGAGCGCUAACGGCGUGAGCUGGGUGCUGCACCGAGCAACUGGCACCUGGGGUCUGAGGCGGCGGUCGGCGACUCUCACUCGCCUGCAAUCAACAGCAGCCCCCCCAUUAAAAAAAACACACACAGACGCAACAUGCAUAUGAGCAGCGAAGGUCCAGGUCAAACUAAACAGGAAAGUGAUGGCGGAGCCGCAGAAUUGAGUUCCUAGUCGCGAAACCACAGCCGCGCAGUUGCAGUAGAAUAACAGGAGCAUCUCUCGUCACCUUACUAUUACACUUCCGCAAGUCUUCACUGGGUUAAUUUUAAACUACAAUUGUCUUUUAUGUGCUUGUGACAAGUGAUUCGUGUCUGCUUAAAGGGUCGAGAAUGCAACAAGUUGAUUGGAGCAAGGAGCCCAGCAUUCGCCUUUAUUAUGUUAUCAACCUUCAGCAUGUUCUCUCAGCUAAUGGGAUUUCUCAUAUGGCCACCUUCCAUUUCGCACUGUGAUCUCUCUAGCUGAGGAAGCAAGGCUACACACUUCAUGAUUGCUGUGAUUCACAGAGAAGAGUCGAUUAAUUAUGCGAAGAUUACUUUGUUGCAAGGUGGUCUUGGCCACAUCUUUGAUCUGGGUGCUUCUGGAUGUCAUAUUACUGCUCUACUUCAGUGACUGCAAUAAAUGUGACGAUAAGAAAGAUCGAUCUCUCUUGCCUGCCCUGAGAGCUGUCAUAUCCAGAACACAAGAAGGUCCGGGUGAAAUGGGAAAGGCUGUCCAUAUUCCUAAAGAAGAUCAGGAGAAAAUGAGAGAUUUGUUCAAAAUCAAUCAGUUUAAUCUCAUGGCUAGUGACAUGAUUGCACUGAAUAGAACUCUUCCAGAUGUGAGAUUGGAAGGAUGCAAGACAAAAGUCUAUCAAGAUGAUCUUCCAGACACAAGUGUUGUCGUUGUUUUUCAUAAUGAAGCCUGGAGUACUCUGCUUCGUACGGUUCACAGUGUAAUUAUUCGUUCCCCAAAGAAUGUCCUUGCAGAGAUUAUUCUCGUGGAUGAUGACAGUGAGAGAGAUUUUUUGAAGAAACCUUUGGAGAAUUACGUUAAGAAUUUGCAAGUUCCAGUGAAGAUAAUUAGGAUGGAGCAACGAUCGGGUUUGAUUCGUGCCAGACUUCGGGGUGCAGCUGCUUCAAAAGGGCAGGUCAUUACUUUUCUAGAUGCACACUGUGAAUGCACUGUUGGUUGGCUUGAGCCCCUACUAGCGAGAAUAAAAGAAAACAGAAAAACAGUGGUAUGCCCAAUUAUCGACGUAAUUAGUGAUGAUACCUUUGAAUACAUGGCUGGUUCUGAUAUGACAUAUGGUGGAUUUAACUGGAAAUUGAACUUCCGCUGGUAUCCUGUCCCUCAGAGAGAGAUGGACCGAAGAAAAGGGGACAGAACGAUUUCUGUUCGGACACCAACCAUGGCAGGAGGCUUGUUUGCAAUAGACAGGAAUUAUUUUGAAGAAAUUGGAACCUAUGAUGCAGGAAUGGAUAUAUGGGGUGGAGAGAAUCUGGAGAUGUCAUUUAGGAUAUGGCAGUGUGGUGGUUCCUUGGAAAUUAUUACAUGUUCUCAUGUUGGGCAUGUGUUCCGUAAGGCAACUCCAUAUACAUUUCCUGGUGGUACGGGGCAUGUAAUUAACAAGAACAAUCGGCGACUGGCAGAGGUCUGGAUGGAUGACUUCAAAGACUUCUUUUACAUUAUAUCUCCAGGUGUUGUUAAAGUGGAUUACGGAGAUGUGUCAGCCAGAAGACAACUAAGAGAAAGACUGAAGUGUAAAUCUUUCUCGUGGUACUUGGAAAAUAUUUAUCCUGAUUCCCAGAUCCCAAGGCAUUACUACCUACUUGGUGAGAUUAGGAAUGUCGUUACAAACCAGUGCCUCGAUAACAUGGGACGGAAGGAGAAUGAAAAGGUUGGCAUCUUCAAUUGCCACGGCAUGGGGGGAAACCAGGUAUUCUCCUAUACAGCAGAUAAAGAGAUCAGGACGGAUGAUCUGUGUCUGGAUGUGUCUAGGCUUAAUGGCCCAGUUGUAAUGCUUAAGUGCCAUCACAUGAGAGGGAACCAGUUGUGGGAAUAUGAUAUACAGAGACUUACACUACGGCACGUAAAUAGUAACCAGUGUCUGGAUGAGCCAUCUGAGGAAGAUAAAAUGGUUCCUACCAUGAGGGACUGCAGUGGAAUCCGAUCACAACAGUGGCUGCUCCGCAACAUGACUCUGAGUGCUUGAGGGAGGAAGAAA